UCAGUUCAAGAACGUCUUUGGCUUCUCAACAAGUUAAGAGGUUCCCGAGAUAUAAGAUCUAGAAAGAAAGGAGAAACAACAGUCAACCAUGAGGCUCACACUCAUCGCAGGCUUGUGCCUGGUGCUCAGCCACGUAGGAGCAUCCAUGGACAUGGGUUGUUAUUUCACCAACUGGUCCCAGUACAGACCAGGGACUGGAAAGUACCUUCCCGCUAAUGUCGACCCAUUCCUGUGCACCCACCUGUUCUACGCUUUUGCCAUGAUCAACCAUGCCAAUGAACUGGUGACCUACGAAUGGAACGAUGAGACACUUUAUGCUGCUUUCAACAACCUCAAGACAAUCAAUCCAUCACUUAAGACUUUGCUAGCUAUUGGGGGAUGGAAUUUUGGCUCAACACAAUUCUCCAUCAUGGUGUCCACCCCUACCAAUCGUCAAAAGUUCAUCCAGUCCAGCAUCAGCUUCCUGAGGACGUACGGCUUUGAUGGCAUGGACCUGGACUGGGAGUAUCCCGGCUCCCGAGGCAGCCCUCCAGAGGACAAGCAAAGAUUCACACUUCUGUGCAGGGAGCUUUUGGCUGCUUAUGAGGCUGAGGCCCAGGCCACUGGAAAGCCAAGACUGCUGCUCAGUGCUGCAGUAGCUGCCGGGAAGCCCACCAUUGACGCUGGCUUUGAAAUUGCUGAAAUUGCCAAGUCCCUGGACUUCAUCAACAUCAUGACCUACGAUUUCAAUGGCGCCUGGUCAACCGAAGCAGGCCACAACAGUCCACUGUACCGUGGGAAAUUUGAUCAGGGCAUUUUCAUGGACUUCAACACCGACUUUGCUAUGACCUAUUGGAGAGACAAUGGCACCCCGGUGGAGAAGCUCAGAAUGGGCUUUGCCACGUACGGACGCACCUUCCGCCUGACCUCCACCGACACUGGCGUUGGCGCACCAAUCGGUGGUGCAGCGUCAGCCGGGCCAUACACCCGCGAGGCCGGCUUCUGGUCCUACUAUGAGAUCUGUGGUUUUCUGAAUGGUGCCAGUGCGAACUGGAUUGAUGAUCAGAUGGUUCCCUAUGCUGUUAAAGGCAAUGAGUGGGUUGGAUAUGAUGACAAGAAGAGCUAUGACAUCAAGGUACAAUAUCUGAAGGAGAAAAAGUUUGGUGGUGCCUUUGUCUGGGCCCUUGAUCUGGAUGAUUUCAAUGGAGAGUUCUGCGGAGAGGGCAAACAUCCCCUCAUGAUGCACCUGCAUCGGCUCCUGGAAAUCAAGUACCCCCCUCCUCCACCCACCACCACACCUAAGCCUGGCGCCCCCACCACCACCAAAACCACCACCACCACCACCACCACCACCACACACAAGCCCAGCCCCGGCUUCUGCAACGGAAAGCCCGACGGCUUCUUCGCUGACCCAACCAACCCCUCCAUCUUCUAUCAAUGCUCUAAAGGGGAAACCUACCCCCACUACUGCUCUGCUGGCACAAUUUAUGAUGCCGGGUGCCAGUGCUGCAACUGGCCCUAAAAGCCAGAGACGGACCCUAAA